AUGUCCCGCGCGGCGCCAUCGCCUCAGAGCCCCCGGCCCUUCAAGCGCCUUCGAGGAGGAUCAGACGACCUGCCCGCCAUGGAUUUGGAUGGCAAGACAGGCAGCGUCUUGAAUUGGAGCUGGCCAGCAAGGGUGGACGAGCUAGGCCGCGAGCUACCGGACUGCUUGGCUGUGACGGAUGACUCACUGACCCUCACCUGGGCGCAGCUCUCCCGGAGGUCGAAGGCCGUUGCUGCUGCCCUCCGGUCCUUAGGACUGACUGGGAGCCCCUCCAGCGUCUAUCCGAAACGCUUUGGGGACAUCGUUGGCGCGCCGCCCCCGAUGGUCGUUAUGCUGCCUCACGCUGCUGAGUCCUUGAUCCUCGUCCUCGGCGUGUUGCGCCAGGGCUUCCCUGUAUUGCCCUUGAGCAUUACCCACGGUAACAGGACACAGCUGCUCCAGCGAUAUCAGGAAGCCAUGGCCCUCUUCGAGCCCGUGGCAGUGAUUACCGACUCACCCUUGGUGUCGGAGCUUCAAGCUCACCGGCCGGCGCUGCAGGUUGUUUCAGCACGGGAGCUCCUGGCCUCGGAUGACAUCGGGGAUUACGAGGAUGUGCCAAGCACGACAGAGCAUGCGUUGGCCUACAUGUUCACGUCUGGCAGCACAGGGCAAUCGAAGUGCGUGUGCCUCUCAAACCUCAUGGCCUACAGCGAGUCAGAAGGGUAUCCAGAGCUGUUCGGCAAGCUUGGGUACUGUGUUGAUCCGCACAAGGACCGUUGGCGAAUCGACCAUGAGAUGGGUUGGUGGGGCGCUGCUUACUUCGGGGAAGUCGACGUUGCCCUGGCCAUGCGCAUGGGCAUCGUCUUCAUGAAGCCGACAGAUCCGGACUGGGGAGCUCGUGGCGUGACGGUUUCCGGGGCACUUCCCUCACAGUUGAGUAAUCUCUGGCCUGGCGCGAAGAACUUCCCCUCCUGUCUCCGAGUGAUCUUCAGCUGGGCAGAGCGCUGUGAUGUGGAGCUGGGCGCCAUGUGGAAGGCAGCUGGCGUGCGCAUGGCCGACCUGCUCAUUGCUACGGAGUAUUUCCUGACUUUCGCUUCCUGCAACUUGGAGACAGCAACGAGCGACGGCCGCAGCGCCCAUGCGAUGCGUCCGCUCGGUAGAGCCAAGGUUUACCUCCUCGACGAGAGCUUCGCCCCCAUCGAGGCCUCCCAAGGAGAGGUGUCGGGCUUGCUGGGUGUGGCCGGACCGCAGGUCACGCCCGGUUACGUCGAGCGCCUCGAUGACGGAUCUGUGACGAUUGGUUCGGGACCCCUCAGCCAAGACAUGUUCAAGGUGAUUGAUGGUGACUGGGUCGCAGUGCCGAAAGACAUCAUGAAGAAGCAAGGUGAUCGUUACAUCAGCGUGGGCCGAGGUGGUGGCACCGUGAAGGUGAAGGGUGGAGUGCUCAUGGCCACCAAUGUUGCCGAGGCUCAUUUCGACUCCCGUGCCGUAGCCUUGCACCGAGCCAUGUUUGCAACCGACCUCUCCGUUACUGAAGAUAUCCAUGUCCUGCUGCUUCAAAGCUCCCAUGAGCUGACUGCCACCGUAUACAAAGAGCUGGCCUCGCCCAUCCACCCAAGCCAGGUCUUCCAACGAUUUACUGAAGUUGCUGCCGUGACCGCAGCCGUGACUGUUGCUUUGCUGCUCCUCUACGAUUUGCUUUGUGGCCUCCGGGUGAAGUACCCCAAGCGAAGCCAACGAAAGCUGUCCGACACAGAGCUGGCCCUGCUGACGGGCGCUUUCGCAAUGGAGUGGUUUCUAACCGACCAGUUCCUGCCAAGCAUUCCAGACAUGGCGGCGGAGUUCCAGGUGCAAGAAGCCAGCAUCGGACUCACACUGCAGAUGCACCAAGCUGCUAGUGGCGUUUCAACCUUGCUCGCGGCGCCCUUGUCCGACCGAAUCGGGCGAAGACCGGUGCUCCUUGCAGGGGUGGCUCUCCUGGUCGUGAGCACUCUCUGUGCCGGCUGCGCGGUCAGCUACCCGUGGUUUGUGUUGGGCCGCAUUCUGCAAGGUGUCUCACAGGCCACUGCCACCACUUCACUCGCGCUGCUCCGCGACUGCUAUGAGGACGAGACUGAACGCAUGGCGAAACUAUCCGUCUUCGCCGUGGUGGGGCUUUUCGGUCCCACACUGGCACCCAGCCUCGGAGCACUCCUGGCCUCCUGGAUGGGCUGGAGGUUCUCCUUCCUGGCAACCGUUCCUCCGCUCGUUGCCAUCCUGGCUGGGCUCGUCUUGCGGCUGGAGGAGACGGUGCCGGAGAACGCUGGCGAAUCGAUCUUCACAGCUGCAAAGCGGACUCUGUGCCACCUGCGCCGCUUCCUGAUGAUGGCUACACAAACGGUUCUGGUUGCCAUGAUCACGGUCAUUGGUGCCAGACAUGCUGUGAAUCUGGAGGAAGAGUAUGGCGUGCCCCUCAUGCACACGGCGUUGGUGAUCUCGUGCUUUUCAAUGCCCUCGAUAUUUAUGGCGAUUUUGGUGAACUGGCUGGAAUGGACGCCACGCCGUGUGUACUUCACCAUGGCUCCGCUUCUGCUGCUCACCGCCAUCGUGAAGAUCCUGGUGGGCGUGUUCUUUGCACGGAGCGUAUUCUGCUACAUCGGUGCCUACCUGUUUUUCUCUUUGUGGCCCAUAACUGUUGCCAUUGCCAUCAGCACCGAGUUUCCCCAGGAGAUGCCGGACAUCGCAGGGGCGGCGAGCGCUUUCUUCAACGCUGGGCCCCUCAUCAUGUCUUCGCUGAUCUCGCUGCCCGGCCUGGCCAUGGCCAAGAACCACGGAGCCUCCGGCCUAAUGAUAGGUGGCGCUGUCUACAUGCUACUGCUGGCGCUGGGGACGAUUCUGCUCGGCUGUACGCUGACCGGAGAGGAGGCUGAACCUGCGGAGGUGAAGGACGACUCGAUGUUGUGCAAUGGGGUGCUGAAAAGCGAAGAGCCGGUACCCAAUGAGGUAAAGCUCGAAAACGGCGGUGCAGUGGCCAGCGCGUGCAUCACAGACCCGUUGCACGUCGAGGGCGGGAGCACUGUGGUCCUGGAGCUUCGGGAGCGAGAUGCUUGGACCCUCCGCGACAGCUUGCAGCAGGCGAGCUUUCUGCGGCUGCCAGUGCUCUUCACGCGGAAGAUGCUGCGGAAUGCCAGUACUGGGAAGGUCCAGCGGAGCCUUCUUCAGGAGGAGAGGAAGGCAGAGUUGGAGCUGGAGUUGCAAGCUCAAGCGGCGAUUCACACGGCGCAGGGAUCGCAGGCCGAAUUUAUUUGCGUUUAG